UCAAGGCAAAACGCAGCUGGCUGCCUGGUUCCUCCCUGGCCUCUGCGAAGGAUUCUGAUCCAGCAGAGGCUUUCCCAUUGAGGAGGAACAGACAAGAGGAGGAGAAGGAAGAGGGUCCUCUUUUCACCCAUUCCAGGAUUUGAGAUGGAUUCCAAGGGGAAGAACGUUGGGAUUCUGGCCAUGGAUAUCUAUUUCCCUCCUGCUUGCGUUCAGCAGGAAUCAUUAGAGGUUUUCGAUGGAGCCAGCAAGGGAAAGUACACGAUUGGUCUUGGACAGGAUUGUAUGGCUUUCUGCACUGAGUUGGAAGACGUGAUAUCUAUGAGCUUGACCGUUGUUACUUCCCUACUUGAGAAAUAUCAGAUUGAUCCGAAGCAAAUUGGCCGCUUGGAAGUUGGUAGUGAAACAGUGAUAGAUAAAAGCAAGUCUAUCAAAACAUGGUUGAUGAGGAUUUUUGAGGAAUAUGGUAAUACUGAUAUUGAAGGAGUUGAUUCUACAAAUGCUUGCUAUGGUGGAACCGCUGCUUUAUUCAAUUGUGUAAAUUGGGUGGAAAGUUCUUCGUGGGAUGGUAGAUAUGGACUUGUUGUCUGUACAGACAGUGCGGUUUAUGCAGAAGGGCCAGCUCGGCCUACCGGCGGGGCUGCAGCUAUAGCAAUGUUGAUUGGCCCGCAUGCUCCAAUUGUUUUUGAAAGUAAAUAUAGAGGGACUCACAUGGCUCAUGUUUACGACUUCUAUAAGCCUAUACUUGCCAGCGAAUACCCGGUUGUGGACGGAAAGCUAUCACAAACAUGCUAUCUCAUGGCCUUAGAUUCAUGUUACAAGCGUUAUUGUAGCAAGUAUGAAAAAUUUGAAGGGAAACCAUUUUCAAUUUCUGAUGCUGACUCAUUUGUAUUCCAUUCUCCAUACAAUAAGCUUGUACAGAAAAGUUUUUCACGGCUAUACUUCAAUGACUUCCUGCGUAAUUCGAGCCAUGUGGAUAACAGUGCAAAGGCAAAACUGGAGCCAUUUCUAAAUUUGUCAGGUGAUGAGAGCUAUCAAAAUCGCGACCUUGAGAAGAUCGCUCAACAAGUAUCAAAGCAAUUUUAUGAUGAAAAAGUUAAGCCAUCUACAUUGAUUCCAAAACAAGUUGGAAAUAUGUAUACAGCAUCCCUAUAUGCUGCACUUGCAUCAGUUAUUCAUAAUAAGCAUAGCACCCUGGUUGAUCAGCGUAUAGUUAUGUUCUCAUAUGGCAGUGGCCUUGCUUCAACCAUGUUUUCGUUAAAGCUUAAUGGUGGUCAACAUCCAUUCAGCUUAUCACACAUAGCCUCAGUGCUAAAUGUUGUAGAAAAGCUAGAGGCGAGACAAGAGUUUUCGCCGGAGAAAUUCAUCGAGACAAUGCAGCUGAUGGAGCAUCGCUAUGGAGCGAAGGAUUUCGAGACGAGCAAAGACACGAGUUUGCUCUCUCCUGGUACGUUCUACCUCACCCAUGUGGACUCAAUGUACCGGAGAUUUUAUGCUAAGAAGGCAAUCAGUGUGGCCGGAAAAGCUGCUGGCCUGAGUGCCAACAUUCUUGCCAAUGGCCACUAGAGUAGGUGCUAAUGGUGAUAUGUGCCAAGUCCUUCUAUAUGUCUGGAAUGUAUUCCUCUAUGAGCAAAAGCCUUUUAUAAUUUGUUUCUGAUAAUUGCGGCAAGAAUUUAAUGUUGUUUUUAUUAUUAUU